GAUCCAUUUCCACGUCACUGUGUCGCACAAUUCCGCCGACCUUUGCGCACCCCAGCAUAUGUGUGCCCGCGGUUUCCAAUGCUCUAUUGAAUGCACCAAAAGCCAGCCCAGGCCCUGCGUCCUAGGGCCCAAACGAGCUCCUCCGUACAAUGUUUGCUCGCACACUCCGGCGCACGCGAUUAGGUGUCGCGCGCUACUGUAUGGUAGCCCUUGUGUCGCACAAGUGGUUGGAGCGUGUUUGGGGUGAGUUGGCGCGGCAGGGUGGUGUCGCGCCCAUGCUGCCCCGCUUGCGGGGCUUGUUCCCGGCCGGUCUCUGAUGGCUAUGGUGUAGUCCUAUGAAUUAUCUGUGCGCGGGUUGGUGCCCGGCGAAUUUCUGUUGCAUGGGGCCUGCGCGCAUGGCGUGCCCCUCGGGGGGUAAUCGCGCUCGGAUCACAUAAGGGCCGCUCGAACUAAAAUUUGCCACUCAUACAAUAAUUACAGCUACUGUAUGUCUACUCGCCCAUGUGUAGCACGCUUGGGCGCUAGCUCGCAUUUGAGAGAACCAACACCCUUGCUCCCCCCAUUUUCGUCAAAACCAACAUUCUGCAAAUUGAUACUGUAGUUCUCACUCUGAGUAGCAGCUACGGCUGUCGUUCCCGUGGUUGAGAGCCCUUACCGUUGUGGUUCUACUGUGGAGGCAGCGGGCGUAGCGACCGGGCGCAAGCAGCCGAGCGGGCGGUGGAGAACCAGUCGCAAAAGUCUGCGGAAUUGUGGGAUCCAGUGAAGGCGGGUUCGUGUGUCGGUUGUGACAGAGCGAGGUCGUCGGCGGUGUUCCGGCGUCAUGCUUCCGUGGCAAAAUGUAUGAUGCGCUCCGGUCAUCGAGUCGCAUGUGCCGGAGGGACCAAUAGCAGGCAGCGCAGCUUAGAAUUGCAAUCGCGAAACUUCUUGGCCGGCCAGUGCCCGCCCGCCUUCAGCACCGCCGGCAACGUGUGUGCCAGCAUCCGCUUCAUACAGUCACGCACAAACUGUGGCGUGAUGACCUUCUGAACCACCUUCUCCAUCUCGUCCAGGGUCUGCGGUGGUGACAGGCAGUGGCGGGCGGCAGCUUGAGCAUGGCGCGUGGAGGACACAACCGGCGGCGCUUCCCACCCUCUGUGGCAGCGCGAUACAGCCCCCUGAACCGGGAGCCGCUAAACGCACGGGGGACAGAUGACCGGCGGCCCGUGCUGUGGAGGCUGCAGUGUGGGUGCUUUGUCUACAAGGCACGGCACACAGUGGCUAACAGUAUUCGGCGAUGUGCCCCGCACGCACCCAGCUGCUUCAACUGCACCUAUCACACCUCCGGCCGAGGUGCAAGUGAGGCCGCACAGCGCGCGUUUCGCAUGCUGAUUGACCUUGCGCGGCGGCUGGGGGAGGCGUGUACGGUGGUGUGGGAGGCGCGGGUGGUUGAGGGGUGUGGCCCCUUCGACUUUUGGCUGUGGGAGUGGGGUGUGGUGGUUGAAGUGGAUGGCAUGCAGCACACGGAUACCCCGCAUCACGGCACGGAAGCGCAAGCACAGUGGCUGGUGGAUCGGUGGAAGGAAGCAGCUGCUGUUCGCAAGCGGCUGCAUGUGGCGCGGUUGCAUGUGAUGGACAUGGUGUGCUGGGAGGCCGUGGUUGCGCGUGCACUGUGUGCUGCUCGUAACGGCAUUCCGCCGUGCGUGCACUACAGCGACUACUACCUGCGGCCUGUGAUUACACAGUCAUGAGCUCCCAACGCACCUGGUACUGUAGCUCGGGUGGCGGCGUGUAGGCCCUGCCUGUGGUGCCGGCAACAGGCUCCCAUCGCACGACGCCGAAGGCAGGGCACACGGUGAUGAUGUACUUGAUGGUGUUGGGUCGUGAUGAUCCGCAGCGGUAGUCCUCAAUGGUGAUGCUCUGCCCGCGCGGGCCUGCAGUCCAGGCGGUGUAGUCGGUUGGGUUGCAGAUGAAGGUCUUUUCGUCGGUCAUGGC